CCUGAUAGCUCAGGGAAGAGAUCCUUCCUAGUUGCUGCAGUGUGUCUGGGGCUGCUGUGUGUUCUACUGGCUGGGAUCAUAGGCCUGUCUGUCCACUGUGAGUUUUUGUCCAAGUUCAUUGCUUAUCACCUACUUGUAAGAAGUGCUGGUUACUAGGCCUAUGUACCUGGUGUUUUAGCUAGUAGCUAUGUGUUUAUACUUUGUAGAUAACAGAGCCAUCAAAGAUUAUGAGGAUAAAAGGAACAACUUGUUCCAGAGAUUUUCCCUUUAUAAAAUCAACUCACCUGAAGAGAGAGACCAGCUACAGACCAGCUACAACAACCUGACUGAAGAGAAAGGCCAUAUUCAGGCAAUAUUUUUG